AUGCGCUUACUAGCUCCAUUUAACUGUGGUCUCGAUUUUCACAAUGCUAUACAAAUCACCCAUUUGAGGAGAUUUAGUAAUGUGGGGCAUCAUCACAAUAAGGCACAACCUGUUUCUAAACCGCGUUCAAGGCUAUAUACAUGUUCUUACAAGGACUAUAUCACCAAUUCCAAGACCCUCAGAUCCUUGUCUGAAAUUUAUGACAAAGACCAGUUGAUUGCGCAGAUUCGGAAACUUCCCAUUUCUCCAUUCACCACGUUCUUGGGAGAAUGCAUCAGUCACAACUUUAAUAUCUCGAAUAAUCUAUGGUUGCUGUUUCGGAAAAUGCAAAAGAAUAGUGUGGAAAUGAAGCGUAUUGACUGGGCGUAUAUUUACCAGUUUCGAUUCAACCAAUCUCAAGUAGGCAUUUUAAAUUUCAAUUCUCAGUGGAGAAAAAUAUACGACAAAGAGAUGGUGUCAGUGUACAAUCUGAGCUAUGUUUGCUGGUUAUUAAAUACCAACCAAAUGGAACUUGCUUGUCAGUACGCGAUGCUAUUUCUCAAGGAGUCAGAGAUACCAUUAUCUAUAGUUUUCAUGAUCCUCACCAGGGCAAAUGAUCCCGUACGGUUGGAAACUGUUUUUGAUCUAUUGCUGAAUAAACCAAUCGACCUUCCAAAUGAACUAUGGACACAAAUCUUGCAGCUUGGUCUUGAAACUAAUAACUAUACAAUAGUGAAGGAAGUGUAUAAACGGUACAUUAUGGAAGGCUUUUCAGGCGGAAAAAUCACCCUCGAAGAAGCCGUUCUUUCAUUGAUGCCGGCGACAAACAAGGUGUUUGACUCAAUGACCAAUUCCCUCUUGAUGCAGGUUCUUCAAGUUUUUGCAACGCAUGGAGAUACAACAUUGACAAUAGAUUUGAUUGAGAGCCAUUUUUUCCACAAAAUAGUUGCUGGGGGCACUGCUUUGAAUAAAGAAUUUUGUGUCAAAAUUAUCGAAAGUCAUUGCUACAAUGCUGACAGUGACCACGAAAGUUUUGAGAACAUUCUUGACCUAAUUGAUGUCUUUGCCCAAAAGGACGUGAGUGGGGGUAUAGUGUCUGCUGAUUUGUUUCAAGCAAUGAAUCUGAAAUUUGCUGAUUACAAUACAAUAAGUGGCGCUGAAUCCUCUGAUGCAGAGGUUGUGAUACCGAAAGAUGAAAAGGAUAAUCUUUCCUUAGCAAGGACAUCUGUUCUACAUGAUUUUGUUGUCCAAACUAUGGAGUAUGUUCAACGUCUACAUCCAAAAACAAGAGGUAUAUUCACUGAUUGUUUAUUGAACUAUGCGGCCACAUACUUGAAUCACAGCAGUAUUGUACAAACACUAUCUGCAUUGCAGUAUACAUGUCCUGCUACUAUUACUGAACUAAAUGAGUUGGAUUUCGACCUGAUUCUAUACUCCCUAUCUAAAUCUUCUUCAAAGCGCUGUGCAUUGCACUACCUUAAAUACUUGAAAAGCAUCGGAAUCAAACCUUCGCCGCAAAUGUAUUCAUGGAUGCUUAAUUGUACCCUACGUGGUCACUACGAACUGUCAGUGAUAUAUUUCCUAAAGCUGUACUAUCAAGACCAUGACUCUUUGAUCGGUCCAAUGAUCCAAACUGUUAAAGAUUUGCCUGACAAUGGCAAACUCGGUAAAUUGAAGCACCACUUACUAGGCCAUAAGAGCUUGGAUUUAAAUCAUCUAUUUGAUGUGAGUGAAGACGACAUUUUCUCAAAAGCUGGCCCUGUUCAUCCCAGCAAGUACUACGAAGCUUAUGACUUGAAGGACUUGGCCAAAUUAGAAACAAUUUUCCCUAUAUCUUAG